AUGCCUCAAGCAAACCGCGAUGCCGCGUCGCGCCGUGUCCGCGCAUCCGCUCAGAGUUGGUGGGCAUUUGGACUACGAGUCCACAUGUACGACUGCUGUCGCGAUGGGUCGGCUAGCAUGAAGCUGGGCCCGGGGAACUCUGGAAAGCUGGGAAACGGCAUUGUACCUACAGCGAAGGUCCUUGAGAGCAAAUGGGCGCAGGCCCUUCCUACUCGUCCUCAGCCUCGCUGGCGCCGCCGAAUGGGGGCAGAAUGGAUGCAGAAUCACGCGUGGUUCCAGCACCGUUGCAGGAGUAUCCCAGUCACGACUCGCGAUAGGGGCCGCGUUGCUCGGCAUUGCAGCAAAGCUGCUCGUCCCCUGAACCCGAGCAAUACACCAUACGUGUACUUUGAUGGUCGUCUCGGGUUCCUGAGCACGCUCGUUAAGGCUUCCAUCCAACGUCUCGAUGGCUGGGGGGGAACGCGGCGAGCCUCAGCUCCGGGCCCGACCCCCGAUCAGCUGGUGCAGAUCACUCCGCAGACGGUCCUUUGCCUCGGGGCUGCCGUUGUUCCUCUUGUCGUCUUGUUGGUCUCCGUGGACGAAUUUCUGAAGCUUUCUUCUUCUCUUUUGGCUCCUCUUCAGCGAAAUUUCUCCAAUUCCCAGUCUCAAUCCCCGUCCGGAAAGGGGAAUUUUGGGGCGGCCGAGGAUCCCGUCGACCGCGUCUCACGGCGCAACGCCGUUAUCUGCUAUGAAGAAUCGGGCGGAAUCAUGGUGGACACCUUUCCUCGAGGCCAAACAAACAUGGCAAUCCAGGGCGCACACAUGAAUUCGCCCGAUGGCUCCAUACGAGGGCUUGACUGCGCGGCGUGCAGCUGUCUUCGUCCGCCACCCCACAAACCCACGAGACAGGGCUUGACCCGAAUGGCACGAGCCCGGGUGCUGCUUGCGCUUGGCCCUGGGCAAUAUCACCAAGGAGCCACUGCGUUGGAUAAGGUACAACCAGGGCGCGAUGCGGAGCUGACUGCGGAGCAGCUGUUGCUAUUCUUGUGCGAUGGCUUCCCACUGCGUCCAGAUACGCUUGAGAUUUGGGGGUCGAAUCUGAGUUUCCUCCAGCUUCGUCGUCGUCGCCGCUUUGUUGGCUGUAUCAUCGUCCCGCAUCUAAUCUUUCUCACAUGA